AUAUAAAGCCUUUGGAUAGACUAUGAAGGAGAGGAGGAGCCAAAGAAUGCACGAAAUAGGUUAAAAAACCGCUAACGUAGCGUCCGCUUAAAAAUUUCCCUUUUCAAUACCCUUCCCCAUAACUUCUUGAAAGUUGCUAAUGUCAGCAAAGAGUAACAAUGUCAAAGUAGAUGGUCAUUACUUACUUGCAUCGAGCACAGCUGGUUUGAUUGCUCGUUGUAUAACUCAUCCAAUGGAUACCAUCAAAACUAGACUUCAAACAACAACAACAACAACAGCCACCCGACCACAAAGUAUAUCUGCCCUCUUCAAAUCCAUUCAUACUGCCAUUUUUCAAAAUGAACCUACUAGGUCAAAAUCUUUUCUAUCCUUAUACCGCGGCUUACCAGUAACACUUGUCUUCUCAGUACCUGCGCUGACCGUUCAUCUGUCCUGUUAUGAAAUUUCCAAGCAAACGCUCGAUCCAAGCCGCUAUUUUAAGCAAGACACAGCUUUCAAUCAUCUUUUAUCGGGUUGUUUCGCUGAAGUGGCAGCAGGACUUUUGUUUACACCUAUGGAAGUAAUGAAAAAUAGACUGCAAACAGCUCAUUAUUCCCAUCUUCAGAGUACCACCACCACCACCACCACCACCACCACUACGAUAAAGGAUCUGAUGCUCGCAAAGAGCAUCUUCAAGAAAGAAGGUAUUUUGGGAUUUUACAAAGGAUAUUGGAUGGGUCUCGUUGUUUUUGUACCUCAUUCCAUGGCUUAUUUUGCUACCUAUGAGAAAAUGAAACAAUAUUGGAGAAGAAACAGGAGUAGUCACCAUACCAACCACAAUAGCAAUGAUCCGAAAAUGUUUAUGGUUUGCUCCAGUAUAGCAGGCGUCGUCAGCAUUUUGUUAUCGACUCCUUUGGAUGUCAUCAAGACACGAUGGCAGAUUUCAGCCGCUGAACAAGGCAAAGCCUUUCGUUCCGGACCUGUACAAAUUGCAAGAAAUAUGCUCAUGAAAGAAGGAUGGUAUGCUUUUAAAAAGGGGUUAUGGGCUCGAAUGGCAUGGGGAAUACCAACAACGGCCAUCAGUAUGACUCUGUUCGAGUUAUUGAAGUAG